UGAAAAACUGAAUUUAAUUAUCAAACUAACAAAAUAUAUGGGGUAUGGUGAAGGUAUAGAGCGAUGGAGUUAUUGAAAUGCGUAAUAUAUGCCACUCUUUAUUACUUCUUCCAAGUAUUAAGUAAGCAAUGCCAAGCAAAAAAAAAACAUAAAGUAUCACUGUUUUAAUGUCAAAUAGCAGUACCACUCAUUCCAUAUAGCAACCACGUUCUAUGUCGUUCCAAUAUUACUCUACAAAUUCUUUUUGGCGUCCUUUCUGUUCUAGUUGUGAAUGAGUGCGGUUUAAUUAGAAAAUAAAGGAUGGAAUAUACUACAGACGGCGUAUGUUGUAAAUAUCACAAUGAUGCACCACUUAUCAACGAUGAUCGAACUGCUGACAUGAUCUGUUCUGAGUGUGGGCUUGUGGUCGACCGUACAAUUGAUACUGGCUGCGAGUGGCGUACAUCCAUUGAACAUGAGGAAACCCAAAACAGGAAUCGCGUUGGUGGGCCUGAAAACCCUUUACUGACUGAAGCAAAUCUGGAAACUUUUACUGUGGUUCCUUCAAGCCAACAAUCGUCGUCAAACCAACUUUCACGAAGUGGAACUAAACGGUUAAUAACCAGUUCAGAACAAGCGCUAAUUAAAGCGUAUGACGAAAUUUAUUCUAUGGGAGCUCGGAUAAGUUUAACGCAAUCAAUUAUUGAUCGAGCAAAAUUUUUGUAUCGAAAGAUUCAUAGCAACAGAGGAAUAUCUCGAACAGUUUUGGCUAAAUGCGGAGCAUGUUUACUCAUUGCAUGCCGUCAAGAAGGCGUACCCCGUACUUUCAAAGAGAUUUCUGCUACCAAUGAUUUGAGUGUUAAAGAUAUUGGGCGCAGCUAUAAGAAAGUUACAAGACUCUUAGACUGCAACGUUGAUUGUAUUGUUAGUGACGACGUCAUCUCGCGCUUUUGCGGAAACAUUGGUUUACCCAAUAUCGUUAAAAAGAAAGCCAUCGAUAUUUCAAGACAAGCAAAAGAAAAGCAAGUUGCGAUCAACAAAUCUCCAAUAUCAAUUGCCGCCGCUUCCAUAUAUUUCGCUUGUGAGAUUGUCAAGCAUGAGGUGGAAAUAAAGGAUAUUAGCGAUGUCACAGGUGUUAGUUCGAGCACUAUUAAGAACACUAAAAAAAUUCUACUGUCUGAGUAUCAGCGCUUGUUUCCCUCGGAUUUCGAAUUCCUCGGUAGAAUAUAAUAUAUAUUAUGAGAAGAAUUAUAUCGCAGUCCCACGUUUUCUUUUAUGAUAACAUAUACUUUAUUUUAUAAACAUAAUAACUAAUUACUUUCAAGAAAAAUUAUUUUGUAAUUGCAAU